CUCAUUACAACAUCUAUGGUUACCAAGUGUUUGAACCACUUAUUACAUGUUCCAUCCACAACAGGUCCAUCCACAACUGUACGCCCCUCUGCUUCCACUCUGAAGAGGAAGUAUGGCAGUGACUCUGAAGAUGAUGAGUACCCACCAGUGUCUCUGGUACUGAAGGACAUGGGAGGAGGUCGCAUCUCUCUCAAUCCAAAGCAGGCUGUUAAGAAGAGCCUGCCAGCACCGACAAUGUCCUUGCACACAUCAGAAGUGUCAGAUGCAGACCUGAACGUGACAGGGGACUCCAUGGAGGACUCCCUGACUCCCCCAGAGGAGCUGGGGCUUGGCGGUGUCCUCAACACUUUCAAUGCACAGAUCAUGAAAAAGAAACAGCACAUGAAGAAACAGCUGGACAGUUUCUCUCGUAACACCUUGAAGUCCACCCAGAAGGAGGUCAAGGGCCUCUGGAAGGGACAGAUGGGGAGAAGGAUGAGGGUUCAGGAGGACUUUAAAGGGAACCUGCUGCAUGAGCUGGACUUUCUAGAGAAAGAAAUGGCAAACCUGCAAGCUUGUGAGGAGAAAGCCUUGAAGUUCUUUGAGAAUCAGCAAAAACUGCUGUCCACGGCCAGAAUCACACAUGAACAGCGCUUCAGAAAGAUCAUGCACAUGGAGGAAGACUUUCACAAGACCCUGACUCAGUUGGACAGAGAGCAGGAGCAGCAACAGAUAUCACUACGAGAAAGUCUGUGUGCCAAACAACAGGACAUGUCCAACAACUUCCUGAAGAAUAUUCAACAAGAGGAGAUGAAGAAUAUGAGUAAAGUCCUCCACAACAUGUAUCUCUGAAACAGGCCGACAUAUUUCCAGUUCAUUAUUGUUAUAGUUGGACUGUUAAACAAGUGCUUGAUUAAUGCUUCGUCAAAUUGCUGAAUGCAAAAUAAGUUCCAUGAAUUUGAAACAGGUUACAGUGUGACAGAUGAUAGUUAAAUUCCACUCUCUCUUCCUAUAUCUGCAUCUUGUUGCCUUUAUGGUAGUAUCAGUUUAAAUGAGUUCACUGCUAGUUGAAAUGUAAUAGUUUGCUCUGAGUUAUUAGCUAUGUAUACAAAAAAAGGCAUGUUAUCUUUGAAAAUUACUACUUCAAAAUGUCAACCAUUUGAGCAUUACUGUAAUAUAGAUCAAAGUUUCCUGUACACAAUGUUUACUUGUUCCCUAAACUUUGCCUUCUGUUUAAGAUAUUUUGUCAAUGUUGAUAAAAGGAAUUGUUUUGUAUUGAAUGAGAUGCAUGUAAUUCAGUGUUAUUCGUGUCUCAUACAAUAUUUGGUGAUAAACAAGUUUUAACACAAAGUUCAUGUGACAGUUAAGAGAACUUUCCAGUCAAUGUCAUCAAGUGUUGCCAGUAUGUUUUUCAUCCAAGUUUGCCAAACCCUUGUUUGAUAUGAUGUGUAAAGACUAGUUUUUGCAGCAAAGAUUUGAGCUACAUUGUACAAUGUUGUUUAAAAGAUUAGGAUCUCUUUGAAGAUUUUGAAAUACACCUGCAGAUAUGAAUUAUGUCUUAAGUAUAGGACAAAUUGCCAGAUGUGAAUGUUUUUUUCAUUAUAUCAAGUGUUAUAUUGUUGAUUUAAAGGACUUGAACAUUCAUGUUGAUCAAUUUCGUUAGAAAAUAAAAGAAAGUUUACCCAAA